GAAAAACAUUAAAGUGAAACCAACUACUUGCCAAUUGCCAUAGGUUUUUUCUUCAUCCAAAGUUUUUUGCUUUCAAAUUCUCAACCCUGUGUUUCUCAUCAUUUCCACUCUUUCUUCUUCACUUUUCACCUUUUCUUCUUUUCUCUCAAUUAACCAAAACAAACCUGCAAACUUUCUCAAUACCACACUUUCUUCUUACCUUCAUUUCCACUUCGCAAAACAAACAGCGCAGAAGAUAGUUCAGUGAAGGUAUUGCUAUAAUUUUUUAUCUUUUUGUUGAAUGCCAUUUAUUAGCCUUCACAAUUUUCUAUUACCUGCACGAAAUCAACUCUUUUUAUCUUUUACACCUCUCUCUAUCUCUAUUUACUUUCUGGUAUUCACAGACAGAAAGAGAGAGAGACUAUCAACAAAAAUGGCCGAAUCUGUUGCCUCUGCUGCUGUCGAAAAUGUCACAAACCAGGCAAUGACAUACGCCUCACCCUAUCUCCGUUACUUUUUCUGUUAUGGAGAGAUAGUUCAAGAUUUCACCAAUCAACGAAACGCACUUAAAUUGAGGAAACAGAGGGUGGACACUCGUGUCGAUGAGGCUAAAAGGCAAAUUGAGGUCAUCUAUGAGGACGUUGAGGACUGGCUUAAAAGGGCUGAGAAAGAACUGGAAGAAACCCAGAACUUGCAAGAUGAAAUAGAUCGCGUCAAGUGUUUCAAAUGGUGUCCUAAAUGGGGGUGGCGAUAUUGCUUAAGUAAGAAACUGGCCGAGAAGACUCCUAUUAUCUCUAAACUUUUAGAGACUUCUAACUUUGCACAGGUGGGCUAUCGUGGUUCUCUUCAAGGAAUAGAGUUCAUCACAUCCACGGAUUUCAUGGACUCUGAAUCUUCAAAAUCAGCUUUGAACCAGAUCACGGAGGCUAUAAAAGUUGUCAACAUGAUCGGACUGCACGGAAUGCCAGGAGUUGGUAAAACAACUUUAGCCAAAGAAGUUGGGAAGCAUGCUCGAGAACAAAAGCUCUUUGAUAAAGUUGUGAUGUUUACUAUGUCCCAAGAUCCAAACAUCAGAACAAUUCAAGAUAAAGUUGCAGAGAUGUUUGGUUUAAAUUUUCAUUCAAAUACCGAAGAAGGAAGAGCAGAAGAGCUAUUCAGGAGUGUUCAAGGCGUGAAAAAAAUACUUGUAAUUGUCGACGACCUUUGGGAAGAAUUCAAAUUGGAGAGAAUCGGAAUUCCAUUCGGUGAUGACCACAAGGGUUGUAAAAUUCUUCUGACUACACGUCAACAACAAGUCUGCAGUAAAAUGAAGUGUCAGAAGGAAAUUCAACUUGGCAUCUUAUCCAAAGACGAAGCAUGGGUUUUUUUUCGAGAUCAAGCCGGUUUAGAUGAUGACUGUUCCAUCUUGAAUGAGGUAGCCAAAGAGGUUGCUGGUGAAUGUAAGGGAUUGCCUCUUGCAAUUGUUACCGUGGCAAAAGCUCUAAAAGAUAAGAGUUUAGAUGAGUGGAGAGACGCAAAUCAGAGAUUCAAGGACUCAACGCAUUUGUAUGAUGAAGAAGUCCUCGGCGGUGUCCUCGAGCCUCUUAAGCUUAGCUACAAUUACUUGAAGAAAGGCAAUAACCAAAUGACGGGAAAUGACGUCCAAAUGUGUUCCUUACUGUGUUCCCUUUUUCCUGAAGAUGAUGAAAUCCCUCUUGAGUUAUUGAUUAUGUGUGGAAUUGGAGUGGGAUUGUUCCCUAAUGUUUACUCGAUUGAAGAUAAAAGGAAGAGAAUUGUUGAAGCAGUAAGAAAACUCCAAAAAUCUGGCUUGUUAUUGGGAACUGAUGAUGCAGAAAGGAUAAGAAUGCAUGAUGUGGUUCGAGAUUUUGCUCAUUGGCUAACAUCAACCGGAGAAAAUAGGUUCAUGGUAAAAGAUAAGUUGAAAGAAUGGGCCGAUAUGGUUGAAAGUUUUGAAUGUUAUACUGCAAUCGCUUUAUGGCAUUGUAGUAGUAACAUAAAAAAUUUUCCUGACAAAGUGGAAUUUUCAAAGCUCAAGACUUUGUUUCUUCAGGGGGAGUGGAAGGGGUAUGGUUUCCUAGUGGUUUCCGGUACAUUUUUUGAAGAAAUGAAAGCCCUCCAAGUUCUAUAUCUCGAAAGAGUCUGUUUCUCACUGAAAGGAUCCUAUUCCUUACCAAAUCUUAAAACUUUGUGGCGUAAGGGUUGCUUCCUGGAAAACUUCUCAUCAUCACUGACGAAUAUGAGAAGCCUUGAGAUUCUUACAUUGAUGGACACUCAGAUUGAUGAGACAAUUGAAGAAUUAAUGAAAUUGUCUACACUGAAAUAUUUACGUCUUUCUUCUAGUUUUGGAUUUGAAGACAUAAAAUUUCCUCCCAGGUUGGUAUCAAGGUUGACGUCACUGCAAGAGUUACAUGUGACAAGUAAAAAUAAUAUCAACUUACUGGAGCUGAAUUCAUUAUCUCGUUUAACUGCACUAUCACUGCACAUUUCUCCUAAUCAAUUUUCUCAAGAAGGUUUUGUGUUCCCUAAACUACAAAUGUACAAUAUAAUUGUAGGUGAGUCCAAAUUUAGCUUUGAGGAGGCGCUAACCAUUAGAAGAUUGAGAAUUGAAUACUUCUCAUCUUCAUUGAGUGCAUUUAAAAAUUUAUUUUGCAAUGUGGGAAAGUUGAAGUUGAAUAACGUUUGUGGAUUGAAGAACAUUGUGCCAAGCAUAGGAAAAAAGGUUCUAAAUGAGUUGACUUCUCUGGAGCUUAAUUCCUGCCGCGAUAUGGAAUUUUUGACUGAUAUAACAAGAGAUCAAGGGUCAACUGUUGCAUUCUCUAAUUUAGUGAAAUUAAAUAUAGAAGUCAUGGAUUCUUUGAAAGGGUUGUGCUAUGGUCUUUCUCCAUACCAUCAUGCAAUUGCAAGCUUCACAAGACUAAAGGUUGUGAUAAUUGGAUUUUGCCAUAAACUGAAGACAAUCUUCUCACCUUGCCUUGCUCAGAGCAUGUUGUGUAUAGAAGAUCUCCACAUAAACUGUUGCGAUGGACUAGAGCAAGUAAUUGGUUUUGCCCAAGAAGAAGAAAUUACUAAGAAUGACUCUCGUCUUUAUUAUUGCCCGAAAUUGAGAAUUCUUGAGAUAUACGGUUGCAGAAGUUUAAAAUAUGUUUGUGCAAACACUUCGACUCAAGGGCUUCAAUCAUUGGAAUCUAUCAAAAUAAUUCGUUGUCCUCAACUUAUGCAAAUCUUCAAGAUGGAACAAAAUGAGAAUGGAGAAGAUGUUGUGGUUCCUCAGAUCCAUUGCUGGCCAGAAUUAAAAACCUUUCGGAUGCAUGAUUGCCAACUACUCUCAUGCUUCAUUGUACAAGCUCCGCUCUUGGAGGACUUGGCUCUUGGUAACGUGGGAAUCAUAUGGAAAAUUGGCAUGCCUAUAUUGAAUGAAGAUUGUAUAGUAGUUGGAAAUCAUGAAAAGGUAUUUCAAGUUCAAGGUGGAUACUCAUUCUCAAGGAUAAAAGAAUUGUACUUGGGGGAUUUAUUUGAAGUGCAGAUUAUAUGGAACGAUUUUGCUCAAGUUGUAACCCUUGAAAACCUUACAGCUUUGGAGCUAAUAGAUUGCAAGAAGUUAAGAUAUAUAUUUUCACCUACGAUGGCUCGUAGUUUAUCACAUUUGGUGAAUCUUUCCAUUGAGGGGUGUGAAGAAAUAGAACGACUCAUUUUAGCCAAUGAUCAAAUUUCUUCAUCAUCAUCAUCAAAUGCUGGCCUUCAACCUAUCAGCUUUCCAAAUUUGACAAAGAUCACUGUUACAAAUUGUGGAAAUUUGAAAAGUCUCUUUCCCUUUGAAUCUAUUCCUAUUCUUCCAAAACUUUAAUAUAUCAAAAUUAAAAGGAAUUCUAAAUUGGAACAAGUAUUCGAAUUAGAAGAUGAACGGGAAGUGGUAGCUGAAGAGGAGAUGAAAUUUGAUAAAUUAGAAAAGUUAUCACUUAAAGAACUACCGAGCUUCAUUCACUUUUGCCCCAAAGGAUAUCAUUUUGUAUUGUCAGCAUUGGAAAUUUUGAAAGUAAGAGAUUGUCCCAAGUUGACUACUAGCUUCUCCAUUGAUUCACAGGAAUUUGUGCAUUGCGAAACAAAGACACCCCAACUGGUUGAGGAAGAUGCGAUUGAAAAGUCUGCCACUGUUUCAAAUGCAAUUUUCAACGAGAAUAUAUGUUGGAGCCGUAAGGAGUUCAGUGAGAGAUAACUACCACAGAUUACAUGAAAGAAUAGAUGAUUUUAGGGCAGCUUUCAAAGCCAUGUUACAUAAUCAAUAGGUUUUUUUAUAUAUUUAAAGGAUCAUAUAUAAAUGGAAAAUGAAGAUUCGAAGUAUCAUAAGUUCAAUAUAUCAACUAAAUACAGGUGCAUUGAUAAUUGUGGUUCUAACUUGUAUGAAAGCUUGCUUUAAUAGAGCCGUGAAGCAAAAUGAUAUAUCAUCUCUUACUUCAAACUAAUAAUAUAGCUAGUUAUAGUUAUGUUGUAGCUUUUGUUGUAUGCUUUUGCAUGCGAGUGAAAUUCCAUUGCAUCACGUAUUUGUUUUUGUGUAUUAAACUAUAACCAAAACCAGAAAGAUUUUAUUUUGUGAAAUUUCCAAAGGUGAUUUUGUUGAAAUAUUGAAAGAUUGAAUGUUAGUUUCAAUUUAAUAAUAAAUUGUUUUGUUCCACAACAA